CGUGGUUAACUACUUUGAACCUCUCUUCUUCUUUACUCUCUCUCUCUCUCUCUCUCUUGUAUAUGGAGUCAGUAGCUGGGUUAUUAGGUGUCUGUUUAAAGCACUAAUCUUUUUGCAGAUUUUGCUGUUUUAAGUUUCUUUUCCCACUGCAAGAGGGAUUUGUUUUUCUAUCCUUUCUCUUCUUCAAUUCAUUAUUAUUAUUUAUUUCUCUUUGUUUCUUUGUUUUUUCUUUAAAAAAAAAAAAAAAAAAGGGUUUUGCUUCUCAUAUCUUUAAGUUGCAGAGAGUAUGACUUUGUAACAGUUGUAUAACAGCAUCUGUCAGAGAGAAAUGAAGGCAUGGCUAGCAACAAGUGUGUUAUAUAUGCACCAUCAAAUGCCAUUUCUUGUUAUUCUUCUUCAUCUUCUCCUCCUUCUUCUUCCAGUUCUUCUGGUAUGGUUCUUGCUGACAUUGCUUCUCUCUCUCUCACUUGUAAUCAUGGAGGUGGAGGAGGAGUGACACAGCCCCCUGUCUCUUCUUCUUCCUCGUCUACACGCAGUGCUUGGGGUUUUCCUUUUAUGGAGAGUAAAGGUUGUGAUGAUUUUAGUGAUGGGUUUGGAGAGAAUAAUGAUACAACUAUUAUAAACGAUGACAAUAUCGACCCUAAUAAUGAAAAUAUGAUCAGCGGCAAAGAAACAGAUAGCAGUGGUCAGUCAAAGCUCUGUGCAAGAGGCCAUUGGAGACCUGCAGAAGAUACAAAGCUUAAAGAACUGGUUGCACUUUAUGGCCCUCAAAACUGGAAUCUUAUAGCAGAGAAGUUAGAGGGUAGAUCAGGUAAGAGCUGUAGAUUGAGAUGGUUUAACCAGUUGGAUCCAAGAAUAAAUAGAAGAGCAUUUACAGAAGAAGAAGAAGAAAGACUAAUGCAAGCUCAUAGACUUUAUGGAAACAAAUGGGCAAUGAUAGCCAGACUUUUCCCUGGAAGAACUGAUAAUGCAGUGAAAAACCAUUGGCAUGUUAUUAUGGCUAGAAAAUAUAGGGAACAAUCCACUGCUUACAGAAGAAGAAAGCUUAGCCAAUCGGUCUACAGAAGAAUAGAAGAAACUUCAACCACAACCACUACCACCACCACCACCACCUCCUUUAUUUCAAGAAACCCAGAACCGCAACCGCCACAGCCAUACUGUUUUACCAAUAUGUCUCCAUAUCCAAUUGGAAAUUUCAAUGUUGCUGAACAAGCAGGGUCAAGCAUACCUUUUGAUUUUUUUUCUGGUCCCAAGAGCAAUGACAUGAUGGGUAUGUUGAGGCAGAACAGAUCUUGGGAUAGGCCAAGUAAUAAUAAUAAUAUCGAACCCCACAAUAAUGUUAUUUCUCCUGGUUUCUUUACCCAACAACAAGACCCAUACAUAAUGGCAAUGCAACAGUCAAACUGCUACCAAAACCCUUAUUGUUCUUUCUCAUCAGAUUCAACAACAGCUCAAGCUUCUUCUCCGUCACUGCCAGAGAGCCAUUUUGAGACUAUUCCACCACCAUUCUUUGACUUUCUUGGAGUAGGAGCCACUUGACUCCUGUUACUGUUAUUGUUAUUAUUAUUGUAUGUGAGGUGAAGAAAGGGGGCUGUAGUUUAGAGGUAAAAAUUAGAACAGAAAGAAAAAAAAAAUUGGAUUUUUAGUUUAAUUAGGUAAGGUCUGCAUCAGUCUUCUUUAUGUUAUAUAUAUAUAUAUGUCUCACCACCAAUUUCUUUUCUCCUUGUAAGUUUGCAGUAAUCUCCUCCUUUUCUCUCACAUAGAUGAGACCUUGUCAAUUGGGGAAACAAAUAAUUCCUACUAUUAAAUUUAAUUUCUUUAAUCAA